AUGCCCAUCGAACCCCCCAAAUCCGACUCCCUCAAGGAGCUCUUCAGCCUCAAAGGCAAAGUCGUCGUCGUCACCGGCGCCUCGGGCCCCACCGGCAUCGGCACCGAAGCCGCGCGCGGGUGCGCCGAAAUGGGCGCCGACGUCGCCAUCACCUACUCCUCCCGGGCCGAAGGCGGGAUCAAGAACGCCAAGGAGCUCGAGGAGAAGUACGGCGCCAAGGCCAAAGCCUACAAGUGCGACGUGGGCUCCUACGCCGACGUGGAGAAGCUGAUCAGCAGCGUCAUCGCCGACUUCGGGCGCAUCGACGUCUUCAUCGCCAACGCGGGCCGGACGGCCGACGCCGGCAUCCUGGACUCGAGCGUCGAGGCGUGGAACGAGGUCAUCACGACGGACCUGACGGGCACCUUCAACUGCGCCCGCGCCGUCGGCCUGCACUUCCGCGAGCGCAAGACGGGCUCCCUCGUCAUCACCGCCAGCAUGUCCGGCCACAUCGCCAACUACCCGCAGGAGCAGACGUCCUACAACGUCGCCAAGGCCGGCUGCAUCCACCUGACCAAGUCCCUGGCGAACGAGUGGCGCGACUUCGCCCGCGUCAACUGCAUCUCCCCCGGCUACAUCGACACGGGCCUCUCCGACUUUGUCGACCAGAAGGUCCAGCAGAUGUGGCAUGACAUGAUCCCGCUCGGCCGCGACGCCAAGGCCAAGGAGCUCAAGGGCGCCUAUGUUUACUUGGCGAGCGACGCCAGUUCGUACACGACGGGGGCUGAUAUCGUCAUUGAUGGCGGGUACACUACGAGGUAG